AUGGCGGACCUAGCGGUUGGGUUGUCCAAGACGGUGGUGGCGGGGGCGCUGACCAAGGUCCAGUCGGUGAUCGAGGAGGACAACAAGCUCCGGCAAAAGGCGCAGCGUGAUCUGGUGACAAUAGCUUUGGAGUUCGAGAUGAUGCAGUCCUUUCUCAACAUGGCCAACAGCGAGAGGGCCAUGAACAAUUUGGUGAGGACCUGGGUGAAGCAUGUCCGUGAACUGGCCUACGACCUGGAAGACUGCGUCGAGUUGGUCGUCCAUUUGGAUGACAAGCCAAUCUUCUGGCGCCGGUUGCUCCCAGUGUGCAUAAUAGGCCCGCUGCCACUGGACCAGGCGGUGACGGAGAUAGAGGAGCUCAAGGGCAGGGCCAAGGAGUUGAGCGAGUGCUACUCCCGCUACAGCAAUAUCAGCGAGCCUGCCGCUGUCUCCAAACUCAUCGUCAUGCCGCAACAACAACAAGAAGCAUCUAGCAGGGCCACCGGCGCGACAUCAUCCAACAUGCUCGCCAAGGAAAGUGAUGCGGCGAGGAGGCAACGCGGCAUAGGGGAUCUAACCCAGCUGGUCACUAACAAAGACAAUAAGGACCCUCAGCUUCAGGUGAUCUCGGUGUGGGGGACAGGCGGCGAUCUUGGGACAACCUCCAUCAUCAGGAAGGCCUACAAUGACCCAGAAAUCUGUCGGAACUUCGCCUGCCGCGCAUGGGUGAAGCUCAUGCAUCCUUUCAAUCCCCAUGAGUUUGUUCGCCGCUUCAUGGCUCAGGUCUACACAAAUACUUGCGAGAAACAAGGAGCACGUGUAGGUGCGCACGUCCUCAAGAAAAUGGAGGCCCGGCAAGAAGAUCUGGUCGAGGAAUUUGUGCAGGAAGUCAACACCAAGACAUACCUUGUCGUCCUGGAGAACCUGAACCACAUGCUGGAUUGGGAUGCUGUCAGGACGUUCCUUCCUGACAUGAAGAACGGCAGCUGGAUCAUCGUGUCCACACAGCAGUUCGAGAUUGCAAGCUUGAGCAUCGGGCACACUUACCAAUCAUUGGAGCUAAAGCAGUUCUCACCUGAGCACUCGGUUUGUGCAUUCUUCAAGCAGGGUGCUGAGGGCUAUACAGACAAAGAGAAACCAAUUAUGUGUCAAGUGAGUCCAUAUUCGUCCACGGAAAAAAUUCUCUCCCCCAAGAGAAUAGCGGUAAAGAACUGGAUGGAAAAUAACCCCCUUGUUGGGCGCGACUUACAAAUGAAUGAACUUCGCAUUUAUACAACUUCGCCACGUUUCAACAGUUCGCCAGUUAUUUCUGUUUGGGGGAUAGCUGGCAUUGGGAAAUCUGCUCUUGUUAGACACUUGCAAUAUGACAGAAUGCUUCACAGCAACCAAUUUAACAUGUACAAUUGGGUCGAUGUCUCACAUCCAUUCAAUUUAAGGGAUUUUUCUCGAAGCUUACUUUCCGUUUAUCAGUCGGAAAACUAUUAUUUGGAAAGAGACCCCAUUAAAGAAUGUCGCGAGCUUUUGAGCGAACAUCAUUGCUUCGUGGUUAUUGAUGGUCUGCAGUCCAAAGAAGAAUGGGACUCAAUAGAGGCUGCCUUGGUAUCUAGACCUUCUACAAGUGUUAUCAUUGUCAUUACAACUGAAGCUAGUGUUGCCACAUAUUGCACAACUAACAAAGAGCAAGUCUUCAAUGUCAAAGGUCUGGAAGCUGCUGCAGCCAUGGAUCUCUUCAGGAAAGAGGUACACAAGAAGAAUCCAUCAUCCCCUUUAUAUCGACAGAGGGAUGCUGAGCUAGAACAACUUAUUUUGAAGUGUGGAGGUCUUCCCAAGGUGAUAGUUUCUAUUGCUGCCUUAUUGGCCAGAGAGACGGAAAUGCUGAUGGACAAUGUGCACUCGUUGAAUCACAAAUUUAUCCAGCAUCUGGAGACCAAUCCGGAGUAUGAAAGUCUGCGAGGCCUAUUUGAUUGGAUGCAUUCUUACUUCAGUACUUUCCCAGAUUCACUUAAGCCAUGCAUCUUCUACCUAUCAGUUUUUCCUCCAGGCCGCAGCAUUCAACGAAGGCGGCUAAUAAGGAGGUGGAUUGCCGAAGGUUACUCCAGAGACAGCGAUGAAGAAUCGGCGGUAAAUAAAGGGGAGAAGUUUUUCUCCAAGCUCCUUGAUCUUAGCAUAAUUGAGGAGAUACCACGACCAGUCAGCACUGAAUUCAGUGGUGACACAAACACAAAGGUAGUCUCACGUCGGGUCAAUGGGUUCAUCCGUGAUUACAUCGUCUCACGAAGAAUGGAAGAGAACUUUGUAUUUGAACUUGGUCCCGACUGUGCCCUAACCACCCAACGCACGGGGCGUCACCUUGUUGUUUUGAAAAGCUGGGACAGAGACAGAAUUGUGUUUGAGAGCACUGACUUCUCACGUCUACGGUCGCUGACAGUGUUUGGAAAGUGGGAAUCCUUCUUCAUCUCUCAAAGUAUGUGGCUGCUUUGGGUGCUUGACCUGGAGGACGCAUUGGGUGUGAAGGAUGAAGAUCUCAAGAAGGUGGUGGAGCGGCUGCAUCGCCUGAAGUUUCUCUCUUUACGAGGAUGCAUUGAGAUAUGCCAUUUGCCAAGUUCACUAGGUGACCUCAGGCAGCUCCAAACUCUUGAUGUGAGACAGACUUCCAUAGUCACCCUGCCAGUGAAUAUCGCCAAAUUACAGAAGCUACAAUAUAUCCGUGCCGGGACCACCGACCCAGCAUCAACACUGUCUGUUUCAUCUAGCUGGUUGCCGAAGUUCCAUAGGCAUCGUGGCCUAAUUGGUGUUGAGGUGCCUAGAGGGAUUGGAAAACUGACGGCGCUCCACACGCUUGGUGUUGUCAAUGUCAGUGCUUCAGGAGGAAAGGCCAUUCUGGAAGAGCUCAAGAAGCUCACCCAAUUGCGCAAGCUCGGGGUAUCUGGCAUCAGCAGGCACAACAGCAGGGAGUUCUUCUCUGCAACUUCAGGUCAUGUGCAUUUGGAGUCCUUGUUAGUGCGGCUCGACAGGGACAGUCAAAAUUGCUUGGAUGAGAUAUCCCUGCCUUGGGAAAACCUACGUAGUCUUACAUUGUGUGGGCUUCAAGACAAGUUGCCACUAUCAAGGAACCCUCUUAGUAAGCUCAGGAAGUUGGAUCUGGAGAUGGGUAUUUUACAGGAACAUGACAUUAAGUUCCUUGCCAGCCUACCAGAACUAUGCAUUCUACGCCUUCAAGUCAAGCAGCUUAAGCUUCAUUUUUAUGCCGAGAUAUGUGGGGUGCAGUUGGUCACCUUCUCAAAGGUGAAGAUCUUGGAGAUUGCUUGCAGCUCCAGUGAGUUAUAUCUGACCUUCGGAUCAAAAUCGAUGAAGAACCUUGAGGUACUCAUGAUUGACUACUCCAGUGCAUCAUAUGAGCUUGCCGGCCUUACUAAUCUAUCUGAACUCAAGGAAGUCUUGCUCAAGGGUACCAAUGAUGAGGCAUUCAGAACACAGUUUGCAAACACCCUUGCCAAUCAUCCAAAGAGCCCAACCGUGAAGCUGGAGGGACUACCGCCAUCGUCUUGA